UCAAGUGACCGUCAUGUCUUUACGGUUUUCCACUGCUGCCAGCAUACGAACACGAGAUUAGGAGUGGCGAAUUGACAGAUCAUGUAAGGAGUUUUUUCGAGUUGUCGAAAUAACUCGUCUCCACGUGCGGUUGCACUGCCGAGGACGACAUUACGUCAAAAAAAAAAGUGGCAGAAUAGGCAAACACAGAAAAAAUAGUGGAAGAAGAAGAAGCAGAAGACCCGGAAUCAGGAUGACACGUCCACCUAAUAAUAAUAACCUUAUGACCUUUAAGUUGGUGGUUGUUGGUGAAGGAGGUGUUGGCAAGAGCGCUCUCACGAUACAGUUCUUUCAAAAACUGUUCGUUGCGGAUUACGAUCCCACAAUUGAAGAUAGUUACAUACAACACACAGAAGUGGAUAACCAGUGGUGUAUCUUAGAUGUAUUGGAUACAGCUGGUCAAGAGGAAUUUAGUGCCAUGCGUGAACAAUACAUGCGAAAAGGAGACGGAUUUCUCUUGGUGUAUUCUGUGACGGAUGUACAGUCUUAUCAAAAUAUCGUCAAUUUUUAUACUCAAAUUUUACGAGUAAAGGACAGAGAUGUUUAUCCCAUGCUGUUGGUAGCCAAUAAAGUCGAUCUGGUGCAUUUUCGGAAGGUCACAGAGGAGCAGGGAAAGGAAUUAGCUCAACGUUUAGGCAUACCUUAUAUCGAAACUUCAGCCAAAGAUCCACCGUUAAAUGUAGAUGCUGCAUUUCAUGAAGUUGUGCGCAUCAUUAGAAAUCAGCCACCGGCUGAAUUGGAGAAAAAUCAAAGGAAACGGCGGCGUUCGAAAAAGUGUACCAUUUUAUAAAUUCACAGAGAGGAGUGUAUAUAUACAUGUACGUACACUUUUGCAAAAAACAGACGACCAUAACAAUGGUGUCACAAUUGCACAACUUUUGUUUCUGAGAGAAAACAUCACUGAUACAUCAUCAUGCUUAAGAUCUAUUGUGAAAACAAGUAUUCUUUUGUGCUCUCUUUCUCUCUCUUUGUCUUUCUCUCUUUCUCUCUCUCUCUUCCCCCUCUCUCUUUCUCUCUCAAACCAUACGUAUGAUUGUUUUCUGUCUUCUGUUUCUUAUUGUGUAGUGAUAAUGACGUAGCAUUAUGAUUUAAAGUAUCUUUUCUUCUUUAUAUACAAUUCUGUACAUAAUCUGUGGAGCAUAGAUGUCAUGAUAGAUGUGCCAAGUGAGCUCCAAAAGCUUAAAUUAGAUUUUUUUAAUCAAACUUAUAGAACGUUUACUUUGACUUAAUAUAUAAUCCGAAAAAAAAAAAACUAAUUGUCAGAGAUUAUUGACUUUUAUCAUCUGAAUGAUACAAAUCGAGACCAUGUCUCUACUUGUGUGAACACAUCACUUUUUUACCAUAAAAAUGGAAUUGAGCGUUUUUUAUUGCAUAAUAUGUAAUAUUAAGAGAAGGUUUUUACUUCUCCAUAUAAGAAAGAUUUUGGUCAUAAAAUGACUAUAAUAAUUUCAUAUGGCGACACCAUCGUAUAUAUCGAGCUCACCUUUCAAAUAAUAAUUGUUAUAGCUUUAAGCAUAUUUAUUUCUUUAUCACUUCGUCCUCUCGUAUAUAGUCGAAGAGUUCUCACGUUACAACAAAUUUUAUCACAGUUUUCUAUAAGAUCGAACACACAUUAAAUGUGUGUUCUUAUGUGAUUUGAACCCUCCAGGUUUUUCUAUGCUAAAUAAUAUAAUUGGGUUAUUAAUAACCUAAUAAUAUAUAUUGGGUUAUUUGGAAAGUUUGUAGCGUGUUUUUCAAUAGUUGUGGCAAUGUAUCUGAGACAUGUGCACGAGAUAUCGCGCAAAUACAUCGAACAGCACCGUAUAUAGGAGCAUUUACAAAAGUUAUGUGAGUCGAUACAAUAAGCCUUUUUUCAUUAAAAAAAAAAAAAAAAAAGACGCUACGUGUAAUUUCUGAACAAUCCAAUAUUUACAUGAGAAUAAAUUAUUGAUUCUUUUGCAUAAUUAUAAUAGAAGUGGAACAGUAUUAUAUACAUCAUUUCAAUUUUUAUGCAAUAUAAAAUAAUGUAACAAAGAAUUUUAAUACAUUGAUAUAAAUCCAGUAGAUAUUAAAAUCCUAAAAUUGAUAGAAAACUGGUUAAUAAUGACACAACGAAGUAUGUGUCAUAGACACUUGAAUGAACUUAUAUGUAUAUAUACAUAUGUAUAUAUAUAUAGUAUUUCUUUAUUGUUGAUUAGUUUAUACAUAGGAUGUCUAAAACUUUUUGACACAGCCGGUGAUAGAUGAACAGAAAAUAUAUGUAUAAUUUUUCAAAACUUGCAAUAGUUAUUAAAAUAUUGGCGCAUAUCGAUGGCGCUAUGAUCUUCGGCUUUGUUACUGACCUUGCUUUUUUAUCUCACGCAUUGUAUGUGCUUUGCGAAUUACCAUCAUUUUUAGCGAAUAAAACUUGUUCUAGUCUUUAAAAAGAGAGAUCGAUAAAGUGCAUAUUCGGCAUUGCCGAAUACAUACUUGCAACAAUAUUUUCGAAAUAAUAGAAGAUAUUCAAAAAUGUAUUGAUAACUUUUUAUCGUCUCCAAACUUCAGGAAUUCUUCCGAUCCGGAAUUCAUCAAGUACUCGAUAGAUGGCAGAAGGUGAUAGAAAGCAAGGGAAAAUAUUUUAAGAUUGAACAUUUUGUAUUUUUAAUAAUAAAGAUUUUUUAGUAAAAAAACGCCGAAAACAUUUACACACCUCUAAUAAUACAAAUCAAUAAGUGCGUGUAAAACGAUGAGCUGGACUCUGGCGUUUAUUGGCUUUAAUUACUUAACAUCUUAAUAACUAGUACGAAUUUUGCGGAAUUGAUACGUGACUUUUCUGUUCAAAUUGACACAAUCUAUCUUCACACUUCGGCUGCGUCAAAAAGUUUCAGACAUCCUUUCUAUAUUAUUGCUUAUUUAAUCCAUUUUGUUGAAAAGAGAAUCACACUUGUGCUUUUAGAAAUUUAGUAGCUCUUGGUGCCUGAUAUAAAAUUCAAUUAGUAUAAAUGUAAAUAAAGAACAUGAGUUGUAUUUAAUUACAUUGCUUUUGUUGUAUUAAUUUUUUAAUAUUUUAUUUAUAUAAGUCUGAGAUGUAAAAAUUUAUGAUACUGAGUUUAUAAGACUGUUAUCAGUUUGUAUGAUAAAGCACAAAAGGUAAAUACGGACAGGUUCUGUGACAAAGACAAAAUUAGUCAAAAUUAAUUUUAUAUGUAUAGAAGCAUUUUAUCUUCAGUGAUAAGCUGUUUUACUUCCUCAAUGCAAUUAUUAUAUUUGUCUAUAUUAUGAACAUAUAUAUUUGCAUAUAGUAUACAUUAUAACAUACAUAGGUAUUACUUACACUAUAUUCUCUUCUCUUUUUAAUGUAAAAAGAAAUUGAUUUGUAUUUGACAAUAUAAAGACUGACGUGCGGUUUGAUUAUUUCAACUGGAUACUUUAAAUUAAAAGAAAAUAAGCGUUUUUUAAAUUUU